UUCAUUGUACUUUUGUUUGUUGAAGAACGAUGGUUUUUCUCAGUUGUCCUUUUAUUAGUUCAAGAUCUCAUAUUAAUGAAUGUGUUGCUUUUAUUUUCUUUCUUGUGAAGGCUGUGAAGCAACUGUUAAGGUUGGAUGCUGAGAAUCCGGAUUCGCAUCGCUGCUUGAUUAAAUUUUUCCAUAAGGUGGACUCGAUGCCUGCUCCAGUGACUGAUGCAGAAAAGCUUGUUAGGAGUGUUUUGGAAGCCGAGCACCCAUCUAUCAGUCAAUUGCAGAACAAAACUCUUAGUGAGGCAAACAAAGUUUUCCUUGGUAAACAUGAAGAUUCUUUGAUGCAUAGAGUGGCAGUUGCAGAAAUGUUGAAUAUCUUGGAACCUGCUAGGAAAAUCGAAGCUGUUAAGUUAAUUGAAGAUUCAUCCAAUAAAGUCAUGCCAACAUAAUGCUUUUAGUGUAUCAACUUUUGUGACCUUUUGAUGUUGA